AAGCACUACAGGAUUUGCUUGAUGGAAUUCAAAGCGCUAUCUAUCUGGCCAGAAAUCUGAUGCAGCAAGAUUCGUGCGUGUCCUCCUUGGUGACCUGGAAUCAAAAAUUUCAAUGCAGUUCAGCCGGUUUGUUGAUGAGGCGUGUCAUCAAAUUGAAAGAAGUGAGCGUAACGCACGACAGACAGGGGUCUUACCAUACAUCCCUCGCUUUGCAACUCUAGCCACUCGCAUGGAACAGUACAUCCAGGGACAAUCUAGGGACUUGGUUGAUCUAGCAUACACCAAAUUUGUUAGCAUUAUGUUUGUGACUCUCGAAAGACUUUCACAAGUUGAACCAAAAUAUGCUGAAAUAUUUCUUUUAGAAAAUUAUGCCGCUUUUCAGAAUAGCUUAUAUGACCUGGCCAAUGUUGUGCCCACUUUAGCCAAAUUUUAUCACCAAGCAAGUGAAGCAUAUGAACAAGCAUGUCAACGUCAUCUCAGCAUGAUAAUAUACUUUCAAUUUGAACGACUUUUCCAGUUUGCUAAAAAGAUUGAGGAUUUAAUGUUUACUAUUUCACCUGAAGAGAUUCCUUUCCAGCUUGGAUUGUCUAAAAUGGAUCUCCGGAAGACAUUAAAAUCCAGUUUAACUGGGGUUGACAAGUCUAUUGCUGCAAUGUAUAAGAAGUUGCAGAAGAACUUAACAUGUGAGGAGCUUUUACCCUCUUUGUGGGACAAGUGCAAGAAGGAGUUUCUGGACAAAUAUGAUAGCUUUGCCCAACUUUGUGCUAAAAUUUACCCUACGGAAACAAUCCCGUCAGUGACUGAAAUGAGAGAUCUUCUUGCUUCAAUGUAAAGGGAGAGAAUUUUGCUCUGUAUAAUCUUCUUUUUUCUUUUUGGUUCUAUUUGGAGUAAGAGCUGUAAUUGUUUCAUGUUGUUACUGUUAUAGACAAUUUCUUCCUAUGUUUCAGUUUAUUGGAAUUUAUCCAUUCAAUUCAUUCUUUGCCGGAUAGAAGUUACUGUUGUACCAUUGUGAAUGUAAAAUGUUGUUUGCCAGUCUGCUUUAACUUA